CCCCGCCUCCCCGCCUCCCGGCCGCGGCGCUCUGGGGCUCUGCCGUCGACAUGGGCGCCGCCGCGUGGGCACCGCCACACCUGCUGCUGCGGGCGUCUUUCCUGCUUCUGCUGUUGUUGCCGCUCCGCGGGCGGUCUGCGGGCUCCUGGGACCUGGCCGGUUACCUGCUCUACUGCCCCUGCAUGGGGCGCUUUGGGAACCAGGCUGAUCACUUCUUGGGCUCCCUGGCAUUUGCAAAGCUGCUGAACCGCACCUUGGCUGUACCUCCGUGGAUUGAGUACCAACAUCACAAGCCUCCUUUCACCAACCUCCAUGUGUCCUACCAAAAGUACUUCAGAUUGGAGCCUCUCCAAGACUACCAUCGGGUUGUCAGCCUAGAGGACUUCAUGGAAAACCUGGCACCUUCUCACUGGCCCCCUGAGAAGCGGGUGGCAUACUGCUUUGAGGUAGCAGCCCAGCGAAGUCCUGAUAAGAAGACAUGUCCCAUGAAGGAAGGAAAUCCUUUUGGACCAUUCUGGGACCAGUUUCAUGUGAGUUUCAAUAAGUCAGAACUGUUCACAGGCAUUUCCUUCAGCGCCUCCUACAAAGAACAGUGGAUCCAGAGAUUCCCUCCAAAGGAGCAUCCAGUGCUCGCACUGCCAGGGGCCCCAGCCCAGUUCCCCGUCCUGGAGGAACACAGGGAGCUCCAGAAGUACAUGGUAUGGUCGGAUGAGAUGGUGAGGACAGGAGAGGCCCAGAUUAGCACACACCUCGUCCGGCCCUAUGUGGGCAUUCAUCUGCGCAUUGGCUCCGACUGGAAGAAUGCCUGUGCCAUGCUGAAGGAUGGGACUGCAGGGUCACACUUCAUGGCUUCCCCUCAGUGUGUGGGCUACAGCCGCAGCACAGCGACCCCCCUCACCAUGACCAUGUGCCUCCCUGACCUGAAGGAAAUCCAGCGGGCUGUGAAGCUUUGGGUGAGAGCACUGAAUGCCAGGUCGGUCUACAUCGCCACAGACUCUGAGAGCUAUGUGUCAGAGAUCCAGCAGCUCUUCAGCGACAAGGUGAAGGUGGUGAGCCUGAAACCCGAGGUGGCCCAGAUAGACCUGUACAUCCUUGGCCAGGCUGACCACUUCAUUGGAAACUGUGUCUCCUCAUUCACUGCCUUUGUGAAGCGGGAGCGGGACCUCCAUGGGAGGCAGUCGUCCUUCUUUGGCAUGGACAGACCCUCCCAGCUUCGGGAUGAAUUUUGAUCCCAUCUGGGGUUCCCCAACCAGGCUUGGCUGCUAAGGCUGCUCCUGGGACUGCAUGUUCCUUUUCUCUCCUGUCAGAGAUGGGAAACAGUACCAAGGACUUCCCAGAAGAGAAGGCAUUCCAUCCCAGGCAUUGGCUCCCAUGCCCCACAGCCAGAGCCGCUCUGAGCUUCAUGUGCUUCCAGAGAUCUUGCACAUACAAAGCAGCCCACUUCUAGCCUGGGGCAUGCCCUGCUGUGAGUAGGCUGCAGUGCUCAACUCUCUCUUGAGCAGUUACUUUAUAAAGAGGAAGAUUUUUUUUUUUUUUUAAAUAGGGUUUCUUGGUUGGGGACUUGGGGGAGGAACAAAGGGGUAAGGUUAAGAUGAUCUCUUCUAGCCCAGGCUGGCCUUGAACUCCUGGUCCUCCUGCCUCUACCUCCUAAGUGCUGAGAUUACAGGUGUCUAUCAUGACACUCAGUUGAUCUCUAUAUUUUUGAUACAAAGCCAUGACUACCUGAAAACUCCCCUUUGUUUUUAAAAAUCAGUGGAAUCCAUUAGCACAGUUACCUAAAGUGACCUUAUAAAUACAGACAAAGCCAAGGAGCAGGUGGGCCUAUUGGCUGCUUAUCCAGGGAUCCCCUAAAGGGCCCACAGACUUUCCCACUGCCAGGCCCAGCCACUGUCAUCCCUGGGCUCCUUUGUUGUGAACACAACAGGCAGGAGUCAGCAGUCGUGUGGUACAGUGCUGAGGACAGGUACAUGCUCCCACAGUGUGUGGCAGUGUGGCCUCAGCAGCAUCACUGCCCUGGUGAGUCUGGCAGGGUACUCUGAGGACUACUGUCUCUAAGACCCUCCCAGCCUCUGCUCUGUGGUCUCAGCCCUCACAGCAGCUAUUCCCCAAGGACUGCUCACCAAGCCUCUGACACGUCCAUGCAUAGAGGCCAUGUGAAGCCCCAGCUUGGGAGCAGUCUUUGCCUCUGCAGCCAGGGCACUGCCUGCCAGUGUGGUGAGGUCCUUCUGUUGCUGCAGUUCUCCUUUGUAAGAAAUGAAUUCUAGGUGGCUGACCAAUGGUUCUAGAGUCUGCCUUGUACAGGGACAUUUAGAGGCUGGAGCCCCAGUGGGUGACCCUGCAUACCAUCCUGAUUGGCACAGUAUUUCUGAAGAGUAGGUUCUGGGGCUCUUGUCUGUGGCAAGCACUGUACUCUUUGACCCAGUUUCUCCCCUGUAAGUGUUGAGUCUUCUGGGUUAUAAGCUUCAGGUCAGCUAGAGAGAGUUGUAAACCUGGAAUAGAACAAGACCCCUAUGUGACCGUUUUUAGAGUUUAACAACAGUUAAACAGUUGCCAGUUCUCCCAGGCUAGGCUCUGUGCUGGUGCCUUAUGGUUAUCCUCUUAAUAGUUUGCCCCUGGUAUUAUCCUUUUCUUUCUGACCAAAAAAAAGGAAGGAAGGAAG